AUGAGCUUCAGCGGCGCCGACGCGCUGCUGGGCGCCUUCGCGCCGCUUCAUGGAGGCGGCAGCUUGCACUACGCGCUGUCUCGCAAGGGCGGCGCGGGCGGAGCGCGCUCCGCAGCCGGCUCCUCCAGCGGAUUCCACUCAUGGGCGCGGACCUCCGUGAGCUCCGUGUCUGCCUCCCCGAGCCGCUUCCGAGGCGCCGGGACCGCCUCCAGCACCGACUCGCUAGACACCCUGAGCAACGGGCCGGAAGGCUGCAUGGUGGUGGCGCGCAGCGAGAAGGAGCAGCUGCAGGCGCUGAACGACCGCUUCGCGGGCUACAUCGACAAGGUGCGGCAGCUCGAGGCGCAUAACCGCAGCCUGGAGGGCGAGGCAGCGGCGCUGCGGCAGCAGCAGGCGGGCCGCGCCGCCAUGGGCGAGCUGUACGAGCGCGAGGUGCGCGAGAUGCGCGGUGCGGUGCUGCGCUUGGGCGCGGCGCGCGGCCAGCUGCGCCUGGAGCAGGAGCACCUGCUGGAGGACAUCGCGCACGUGCGCCAGCGCCUGGACGACGAGGCCCGGCAGCGCGAGGAGGCCGAGGCAGCGACGCGCGCACUGGCCCGCUUUGCGCAGGAGGCCGAGGCGGCGCGCGUCGAGCUGCAGAAGAAGGCGCAAGCCCUGCAGGAAGAGUGCGGCUACCUGCGGCGUCACCACCAGGAGGAGGUGGGCGAGCUGCUCGGCCAGAUCCAGAGCAGCAGCGCAGCGCAGACGCAGGCCGAGGCGCGCGACGCCCUCAAGUGCGACGUGACGUCGGCCCUGCGCGAGAUCCGCGCGCAGCUUGAAGGCCACACAGUGCAGAGCACGCUCCAGUCCGAGGAGUGGUUCCGAGUGAGGCUGGACCGACUGUCAGAGGCAGCCAAGAUGAACACAGACGCCAUGCGCUCAGCACAGGAGGAGAUAUCUGAGUACCGGCGCCAGCUUCAGGCCAGGACCACAGAGUUGGAGACGCUCAAAAGCACCAAGGACUCGCUGGAGAGGCAGCGCUCUGAGCUGGAGGACCGUCACCAGGCUGACAUCGCAUCCUACCAGGAGGCCAUCCAGCAGCUGGAUGCAGAACUCAGGAACACCAAGUGGGAGAUGGCAGCCCAGCUCCGAGAGUACCAGGACCUGCUCAAUGUCAAGAUGGCUCUGGAUAUUGAGAUCGCUGCUUACAGAAAACUCCUGGAGGGUGAGGAGUGUCGGAUUGGCUUUGGCCCAAGUCCUUUCCUCCUUCCAGAAGGACUCCCCAAGAUCCCCUCCGUGUCCACUCACAUCAAAGUCAAAAGUGAAGAGAAGAUCAAGAUGGUAGAAAAGUCAGAGAAGGAAACUGUGAUUGUGGAGGAACAGACAGAGGAGGUCCAAGUGACUGAAGAAGUGACUGAAGAAGAAGAGAAAGAAGCCAAAGAGGAGGAAGGAGAAGAAGCAGUAAAGUCUCCCCCAGCAGAAGAGGCCGCAUCCCCAGAGAAGGAGGAGGCCAAGUCCCCAGCUGAGGUGAAGUCCCCCGUGGAGGCCAAGUCCCCAGAGAAGGCCAAGUCCCCUGUGAAGGAAGAAGCCAAAUCCCCAGAGAAGGCCAAGUCCCCAGUGGAGGCCAAGUCCCCAGAGAAGGCCAAGUCCCCUGUGAAGGAGGAGGCCAAGUCCCCAGAGAAGGCCAAGUCUCCUAUGAAGGAGGAGGCCAAGGCUCCUGGGAAGGAGGUCCCAAAGAAGGAAGAGGCCAAGUCCCCUGUGAAAGAGGAAGAAAAACCCCAGGAGGUGAAAGCCAAAGAGCCCCCAAAGAAGGCAGAGGAAGAGAAAGCUCCAGCCACACCCAAAGCAGAGGAGAAGAAGGACAGCAAGAAAGAUGAGGUGCCCAUGAAGGAGGCUCCAAAGCCCGAGGAGAAGAAGGAGCCUGCUGUGGAAAAGCCCAAAGAACCCAAAGCUGAAGCCAAGAAGGAAGAGGCUGAAGAUAAGAAAAAAGCAACCACCCCAGAGAAGGAGGCUCCUGCCAAGGGGAAGGAAGAGGCUAAGCCUAAAGAGAAGACUGAGGUGGCCAAGAAGGAACCAGAUGAUGCCAAGGCCAAAGAACCCAGCAAAGCAGCAGAAAAGCCAAAGAAGGAAGAGACGCCGGCAGCACCGGAGAAAAAAGAUGCCAAGGAGGGGAAGGCCACAGAAGCCAAGAAGCCUGAGGAGAAACCCAAAACAGAGGCCCAAACCAAGGAACCCGGCAAGGAGACCUCCACACCCGGGAAAGCCAAGGCUGAGAAAUCCUCCAGCACAGACCAGAAAGACAGCAGACCUGCAGAGAAGGCUGCAGAAGAUAAGGCCACCAAGGGAGAGAAGUAAGGCAGGGAGAAGGGAUCGUUCAGAGCAGCCAAAGAAACUCAGGGGGGUCUGGGAGCUCAAGGGUCAGUAUCACAAAUUUUCACUUUUUUCUCUCUUUUCUUUAAGAAGAAACUCUGCUUAGACAACAGGCCCUCCUUCACCAAACAGGAAUUUCUAUUAGCAAUAUGUUAGCAAGAGAGGGUCCUCCCAACUCCCAGCCCCAUGGCCCAAACCCUCCCUAGGCGAUGGGCAAUUAUGUUAUGAUAGCUUAUGUAGCCGAAUGUGAUAUAUGCCGAAUGCCACACGUAAACACUUGACUAUACAGACUGCCCCCUCCUCUCCAAAUAAGUGCAUUUAUUUCCUGUAUGUGCAACUGACAGAUGACCGCAAUAAUGAAUGAGCAGUUAGAAACACAUUAUGCUUGAGAUGUCUUAACCUAUUCCUGAAUGCCUUCUAUUUUCCAAAGGGGUGGUCAAGUCCUUGCCUAAAAGCUCUCUGUUCCGGAAGAGCUGCAGCAGGUGGGGCUGGGCGCUGACCACUGUACCACGCCAGGGCGCACUUUUCCACUGGAGUCCACUUUCAAUUGCUUCUGUGCAAUAAAACCAAGUGCUUAUAAAAUAGAAA